AUGAAGUCCAAGGUAAUGGAUAACUUACGCGAGCGGAUGAAUUCCUGCGGGACAACUACCAUAAAAUAUUUGCUCUUCGUGUUUAACCUCGUCUUUGCGAUUUCAGGGCUGAUCCUGCUGGUCGCGGGCAUUAUCGUGCUGGUGGAUGUCAACGACUAUCAGCACUUUGUGCAGGACCGCCUGAUGGCCCCGCCGGUGGUGCUGAUCGUCGUUGGGUCGUUUGUGUUUCUGGUAGCGUCGCUCGGUUGCUACGGUGCCAUUAAGGAGUCGCCAAAGCUGCUGAACGCGUUCGCCGUGUUUCUGCUGAUAGUCUUCCUGAUUGAGGUCGCCGUCGCAAUAGCGGCGAUUGCGUUCAAGGCAGACCUACAGGACGCACUGCGGAAGCAGCUGGACAAGUCGAUCGCACGGCACAACCACGCCGACAUGGUGGCUUGGGACAGUGUGCACCGCAAGAUGAUGUGCUGCGGCAUCCAAGGGCCGAAGGAUUGGUACGACAACUUGAACAAAACAAUGCCCGCAUCCUGCUGCAAGCCAGAUCUGAUCGAACCGGAAACGAAUGACUGCAAAAAUGCUCCACCAUUGUUCAUGGAUCGUUACUAUCAGGACGGAUGCUUGAUGAAGUUGGAGGACCACUUCCACAAAAAUGCCGUUGUGCUGAUUGCUGUUGGAUUUGCAAUAGCCAUAUUUCAACUAUUGGGCGUAUUCUUCGCUUGCUGGCUGUCAUCAUCCAUCAAAAGAAGUCACGCAUAA